UGUGACGUCGAGCCGGCAGCCGAUCAAUACUCGUUAUCAUAGAGUAGGUGUUUACAUGCGCGUAGUGCACGCACGGUGCUCCGCGGUGGCUGACGCUCGGGACCUCGGGACCAAAUAAACCCAAAACAAACCACAUAGAGAAUGUGAACGCGCAGUAAACAUGCCGCUGCCCGAACUUAUAAAGAGAGCCUCCAGCUACUUCCUCGGCCUGGAGUUCGACGACAACGAGGAACUUCCCGACUAUGUCGACAACGAAAUUCUGUUUUGUAAAAACAAUGUGUGCGUACAUCCUCCGACUAUUGCUCGCCACGAACUCGACAUCAUCCACCAUCCUGGGUACUUAACGGUCACAACCAAGGUAUUUACUGACCAACACAAUAAUACUAAACGACCCACUCUAUUCCUAAAUUGGAUACCCAAUACCACGCUGCGAAGGUGUCCUUCAGCAGUGGAAACGAGUCCCAGCGACGAAAUUGGAUGUGCUGUUAAAUCUGCGAAUCUUAAAGAAAUACCAAAACCUCUAAAGGAAGUUAAGGUGACGAAAGUCGAUGCUAACAACGAAAAUGCAUUUUCAGAUUCAUCAGAAACCACUAGUCUAAAUUCUAACUCUGACAAAUUAAGUGUAAAGUCGUCUGAUACUAGAUAUACGCAGAAUGAUACGACACAGGACGAAUUAUCGUCGAGCUCAAAGCCGACCGUGAAAUCAAUUGACUCAACAAAAGAUAACGUAUUCAGUAGCUUCGAAAAGGAGGAGUCCAACGAAUUGUUCAGUGAUAAACAUGUCCGUUCUCAAUCAAUGACUUCUGUAAACAUAACUAUCGCUAACCCUAAUAUUGAGAAUGUGGACCUUACACCCGAUUCCAUAUCUGGGGACAGAUUUAUAAGGUCGUUAUCGAUGAGUUCGUGCGACGAGGGCAAUCCAAACUGGAUGAGUACUCCAGAAUUUCUGGCUUUGAAGCACAAUUUGGUGUUUCCGGAUAGCGUGCAUAGCUCGCCGGUUCCACAGCGCCGGGCGCCUAUGAAAUGUCGAAGGUUUUCCGUCGACCUGAGCCAAAUGCGUUCCCUGCGGCUGUUCUUCAACGACGACAAUUGCACCUGUGGCCAGCUGGUGGUGGCCUCACGGGAGUCUCAGUACAAGAUCCUGCACUUCCACCACGGCGGCUUGGACCACUUGGCGCAGGUCCUUCAUCGGUGGCAUUCGCUUCUGCACAACAUUAAACUGACGCCUGGGUCAGAGGAGCCAAAUAUCCCAUAUCGCCACUUCAUGGUUUGCCGACCUGAAGUCCAAAAAUCUGAACAGCACCCCGAAGAAGGAAAGCUUCCAAAAAUUACUCCUGAAUUGUUCUACGGCAAGGUUAUGAACAGCAAAGGAGUUAUAGAAGAUGAUCUGUUUCUGAGGAAAUGUGUGUUCUUCGGAGGUCUCGAUAAGGAACUGAGGAGGGAAGUGUGGCCGUUUUUGCUUCACUGUUAUCCGUACAAUUCUACGUAUGAUGAGAGAGAAAUAAUUCUGCAGAUAAGAACGAGGGAAUAUGAAGAAAUAACGCGCCGAAGGUUGGAGAAGAUGACGCCAGAGCAGCACGCGGUUUUCUGGAAGACAGUGCAGUGCGUCAUAGAGAAGGAUGUAGUGAGGACCGAUAGAGGGAACCCAUUCUUUGCGGGAGAAAACAAUUACAAUAUAGAAAUAAUGAAGAAUAUUUUGCUGAAUUACGCAGUUUAUAAUCCGGUUUUGGGUUACACCCAGGGCAUGAGUGACCUUCUGGCUCCUGUGCUGUGUGAGAUACAAUGCGAGGCUGAAGCCUUCUGGUGCUUCGUGGGGUUGAUGCAGAGAGCUAUCUUCGUCUGCACGCCGACAGACAACGACAUGGAUAAUAACCUUAGUUACUUGCGGGAAUUGAUCAGGCUGAUGUUGCCACAUUUCUACAAACACCUAGAGAAGCACGUAGACGCCAUGGAAUUGCUUUUCUGCCAUCGUUGGAUACUAUUAUGUUUCAAACGCGAAUUCACGGAAGCCGUAGCCCUUCGGAUGUGGGAGGCCUGCUGGGCGAACUACCAGACUGACUACUUCCACCUGUUCUUGUGCUUGGCCAUUAUUGCUGUCUAUGCCGAUGACGUUAUCGCGCAGGACCUCAACACAGAUGAGAUGCUGCUCCAUUUCAGCUCACUAGCAAUGUACAUGGACGGACGUCUUAUCCUGCGCAAGGCUCGCGGCCUUCUGUACCAGUUCCGUCAACUCGUGCGCAUCCCGUGCACGCUGGUGGGGAUGUGCCAGCGUUGCGGGCCCGGGAUCUGGGACUCCACUCACAGACCCAGCGUGGAAUGUACUGGAGCCCAUGACGUAUGUGCAUACGCUGUGCAGUAGGAUGUUGACAUGUUUUUGUUCAAUAUUUUAAGAAUUUUCACGGAUAUCAGCUAGUCUCAUUAAUGUUGAAGAAAGUAUUGGUAUUGAGUUCCUGAAAAGAUUGGAAUUUGUAGAAACACGAUAGAAUUUUUUAUGUUCAUGUAGGUAAAAUUUUCACGGAUACAGGCUUGUAAGGCAAUAAUUAAGAAAAUAUCAACAUAUCCUUAAGACUCAACCACCAUUAUUUGUGGAUUUCAUUGAUAGAUACAGCUGAGUAUGCUACACUUGGACAUUUUUACAUUUUGGUUGACUAUGUUCAGUAGUAUCUAGGUAGUACCGAUGUGGAAUAAAAUACUAGAUUGCACAUUGUUUUCCUUUUAAUUGGCAAAAAUAAAAUUGGCAGAAAUAAUAUUUUAACUGCCGAGAAAUGUUUGAGCGCAAAGUUUUGACUAUACGAAAAACUUAUUUGUAAGACGGUAGAGGUGAUGUUGUUUUUCUUUCAGCCAAUAUUGAAUGUACAAAUUAAUAUAAAUUUAUUAAUGAAAAAUUGAUUUAGGAGUACAAAUUGGACAGUAUUAUAUUGACCAAAAAUGUAUGGUUACUUGAUCAUUUUUACACAAAUAAUGUUAAAAGAGGAUGAGAUAUCGUUACUUUUGUCAAUUGAGUUGAAACAAAACAAAAAUGUUGAAUCAUUAUGACGUUAUCUAAAAAUGGUCUGAGAGAAUGGAUUCCCUGUAUAAAGUUAACGUAUCAAAGGGAAUGUAUUAUAUUAUUUGUUAAAUAUAUACAUAUAAAUUUCAAUUAUACCUUUAGGUAUAAUUUUGUUAAUAUGUCUUUGCCUGCUCUCAAAAGAAAUGGGCGUACUAAGAAUAUAUUAUAGUAACGUUUAUACUAUUAAUAAUUCUGUGUUAAGAUGUCUAUUAUUAUCGUACGAAUAUUCUAUUCUGAUGGUAGCCUCCCCAUUUAAAAUCGAUGUCACGUUAUUAAUUCGAAAAAUCGGCAUUGCAUAUCGACAAUCGUGUUCAAUCGUACGACUUUAAUUGAAGAAUUGAGUAAUUAUGUACCUGUUAAUUAUUAUUGAAUUAAAUUGAAUAUAAAGGAAAAUUAAGCUUUUUAUGAACCUAAUAAAGGUCCAUGUCGAUGUAAUUAUUAUAACCUCACAAAUUUAACUAUAUUUCCUGCCUGGCCGUACCAGGGACGUGGCUGGAACGUGUAAUUUUGUUUUUUAAGCUUUCACUUCAUGUUAAAUGCAAAAUUUGUUCAGUAUUUUUCUUGUCUAAAUCUAAACAUUUGUGUGAUUGUUGUUAUAUGCAGUUUAAAUCUGACAUUAUGAAGUAAGCUACAUUAUAUCACAUAAUCAAGACAUUGUACAAAAUUGUAUACAAAACUUGAUAGGUAUUGUUGUCACUGUUCUUUAGAGAUGAGAAGCCUUUUGAAAUUUCGUGCGCCGAAUUAAAAAUCAUUUAAAACAUAGAAAGAUUGUAAAGUCUUUUAUUGAAAUAAGUACUAAGGAUUUGAAUUUACAUCCCGAAAUCCGGCAAAUUUUGUCUGUGUUGCAUUAAAAUAGAUAGAUAUAUAACUACAAUUAAUACCUAGUAUAUAAAGCUAUAUAAAUAUUAUAUGUUUAAUAAAGUGCAUUUUGUGAAUACCAAAAAUUUAUUUUCGCAUAUUGUGAAGUUUACGCGUACUGUGAUAUAUCGAUCUGCUUGUAUUAUAUUGUGUAAAAGACAAUGAGUGGUAUAAAUAAAUAGUCAUAUCUUAUUAGAAAUAAAUGUGCGAGCAAUU